CGCCCCCGCCCGCGCUGCACGCCGGGACACGGCCGGUCCUCCCUCCCUCUCUCCUUCCCUCCCGCGCGCCCCGAGCCUGCGCCGCGCCGACAUCCGCGUUGUCCCAAGAUGGAGGUGCGGGGCUCGCGCUGAGCGCGGCCCGGCCGACACAGGAGCAGGAGGAGGAGACGCGCCCGCCCGGCCCGGCCCGUCCGCCCGCCUCUCCUUCCCCGCCCCGCCAGGCCGCGGCUCCGGCGGCACCGGCAGCAGCAGUAGCGGCGGCGGCGCCUCCUCCUCGCCCGCGGCCCGGCCCCGAGUGCGGCGCGGCCCCCGCAUGAGCCCGGGCGGCGGCGGCGGGAGCGCCCGGGAGCAGCAACCGAGGUGCCCAGGUUGAGCCUGCUUCCCUGUAUUAUGCAAACUGCUGAAUGGAGGAAGGGGGUGGAAGUCAGUCUUUACCGAUACUCUUUCCGUUACCGUCCUGCAUGGUUCUUUACCCAUGUUUUACAGAGUGGUGAAGAAUUAGGAGAAGCUGCAGUUAUUCAGCUGAGUGGAACUAAAUGGGUGGCUUCCUUCUGGACCCUCACUUCACUGUCUUAGGUACAAGAACUGUAGAAGUCCAUUAUAGAAUUUGAAAGAACAAGAUUCUGCAGCUCUGAAAAGAUAUGCCAUGGAAGUAAUCAGCUGGGGUGGUCCCAGGGCGCUCUGGGCACGAGUAUUGCUGAGUGAUCAUUGGCUGCCACCUGCGUGACAAAGUAAAGGACCAACCCUUCAAUUUAUACCAGUGGAGCCAGAUCACGGGAAACAAUUGACAGAGUUGUUAAGCUUAUGCUUAGCCCAGCGUGAUACAGGAGUGGUGUGACAACUCGGUUUUGAUCAGUGACUCAAAAUUGUGAUCACCCUGAUGUCACCGAAUGGCCACAGCUUGUAAAAGAUUUUAAGCAUGAUGAAAGGACGUCUUGCCGUACUAUAUAGUUGUUUUUCAGUACUGUUGCCUGCUCACAGGAAAUAACAAGAUCACCAGGAGAACCUCACUCUGAGAACAUUGAAACUAGCCGAAUGAAGCGAGCAGCUGCAAAGCAUCUAAUAGAGCGCUACUACCACCAGUUAACCGAGGGCUGUGGAAAUGAAGCCUGUACAAAUGAAUUUUGUGCUUCCUGUCCAACUUUUCUCCGUAUGGAUAACAAUGCAGCAGCCAUUAAGGCCCUCGAGCUUUAUAAGAUUAAUGCAAAACUCUGUGAUCCUCAUCCCUCCAAGAAAGGAACGAGCUCAGCUUACCUAGAAAACAAUUCCAAAGGUGCCCAUAACAAUUCCUGCACUGACAGAAAAAUGAACAAGAAGGAAAUGCAAGGCCCAAGAGAUGACUUUAAAGAUGUGACUUUUCUAACAGAAGACAAGAUAUAUGAAAUUCUUGAACUAUGUCGAGAAAAAGAGGAUUAUUCCCCUUUAAUCCGGGUAAUUGGGAGAGUGUUUUCUAGUGCUGAAGCACUGGUACAGAGUUUCCGAAAAACCAAGCAGCACACCAAGGAGGAGCUCAAGUCUCUUCAAGGAAAGGAUGAAGACAAAGAUGAAGAUGAAAAGGAAAAAGCUGCCUGUUCGGCUGCUGCUAUGGAAGAGGAUUCUGGUGCAUCGUCAUCUUCAUCAUCAAGAAUAGGUGAUAACACACAGGGAGAUAAUAACCUCCAAAAACUAGGCCCAGAUGAAGUGUCUGUAGAUAUUGAAGCAGUCAGACGGGUCUAUGAUAGGUUACUUUCUAAUGAGAAAAUAGAAACUGCCUUUUUAAAUGCACUUGUGUACUUGUCACCUAAUGUGGAAUGUGACUUGACUUACCAUAAUGUGUACUCUCGGGAUCCUAACUAUCUGAAUUUGUUUAUUAUCGUUAUGGAGAAUGGCAAUCUUCAUAGCCCAGAAUAUCUGGAAAUGGCUCUACCAUUGUUUUGCAAAGCAAUGAGCAAACUACCCCUUGCAGCUCAAGCAAAAUUGGUCAGAUUGUGGUCUAAGUACAGAGCAGAUCAAAUUCGGAGAAUGAUGGAAACAUUUCAGCAGCUUAUUACUUACAAAGUCAUAAGCAACGAGUUCAAUAGUCGUAACCUAGUGAAUGAUGAUGAUGCUGUUGUUGCUGCUUCAAAGUGCUUGAAAAUGGUUUACUAUGCAAAUGUAGUAGGAGGGGAUGUGGAUACAGAUCAUAAUGAAGAGGAAGAUGAAGAACCCAUCCCAGAAUCAAGUGAACUAACUCUUCAAGAGCUGUUGGGUGAGGAAAGAAGAAAUAAAAAAGGUCCUCGAGUGGACCCACUGGAAACUGAACUUGGUGUUAAAACUAUAGAUUGCAGAAAACCACUUAUCCCUUUUGAAGAAUUUAUUAAUGAACCACUGAAUGAUGUUCUAGAAAUGGACAAAGACUACACUUUCUUCAAAGUAGAAACAGAGAAUAAAUUCUCAUUUAUGACCUGUCCCUUUAUAUUGAAUGCUGUUACCAAGAACCUGGGAUUGUAUUAUGACAAUAGGAUCCGGAUGUACAGUGAAAGACGCAUAACUGUGCUCUACAGCUUAGUUCAAGGGCAGCAGCUCAACCCAUAUUUGCGACUUAAAGUGAGACGUGAUCACAUCAUCGAUGAUGCUCUUGUCCGGCUAGAGAUGAUUGCCAUGGAAAAUCCUGCAGACUUGAAGAAGCAAUUGUAUGUUGAAUUUGAAGGAGAGCAAGGGGUAGAUGAAGGAGGUGUUUCCAAAGAAUUUUUUCAGUUGGUUGUGGAAGAAAUCUUCAAUCCGGAUAUCGGGAUGUUCACAUACGAUGAGUCUACAAAACUGUUUUGGUUUAAUCCGUCCUCUUUUGAAACUGAGGGUCAGUUUACCCUGAUUGGCAUAGUACUGGGACUGGCUAUUUACAACAACUGUAUACUGGAUGUACAUUUCCCCAUGGUUGUCUACAGGAAGCUAAUGGGCAAAAAAGGAACUUUCCGUGAUCUGGCAGACUCUCAUCCUGUUCUGUAUCAGAGUUUGAGAGACUUACUAGAGUAUGAAGGAAGUGUGGAAGAUGAUAUGAUGAUAACGUUUCAAAUAUCUCACACGGAUCUCUUUGGCAAUCCAAUGAUGCAUGAUUUAAAGGAAAACGGUGAUAAAAUUCCUAUUACAAAUGAAAACAGAAAGGAAUUUGUCAAUCUGUAUGCUGACUAUAUACUCAAUAAAUCAGUAGAAAAGCAGUUCAAGGCCUUUCGGAGAGGAUUCCACAUGGUGACCAAUGAAUCUCCUUUGAAAUAUUUAUUUAGACCAGAGGAAAUUGAAUUACUUAUUUGUGGAAGUAGGAAUUUAGAUUUUCAAGCACUAGAAGAAACUACAGAAUAUGAUGGUGGCUAUACAAGAGACUCUCUUAUUAUUAGGGAAUUCUGGGAAAUAGUCCAUUCAUUUACAGAUGAACAGAAAAGACUGUUCUUACAGUUUACAACAGGCACAGACAGAGCCCCUGUGGGAGGACUUGGAAAGUUAAAGAUGAUCAUAGCCAAAAAUGGCCCAGAUACAGAGAGGUUACCUACAUCUCACACAUGCUUUAAUGUACUUUUGCUUCCGGAGUACUCAAGCAAAGAAAAGCUUAAAGAAAGAUUAUUGAAGGCCAUCACAUAUGCCAAAGGAUUUGGCAUGCUGUAAUAAGUAUAACAAAAGGGAUUAAAAAAUGAUGGUGAUGAUGUCCCUGUCCAAAAAGGCCAUAAGAUAGUGAGCUACAGUAGUCACCUGUGUUUGUGCCUCCCUUCUUUACUGGGGACAUUGGGCUGGAACAGCAGAUUUCAGCUGCUUAUAUGAACAAAAUCUUUAUUUUUUCUUUUAGCGUGAAAGUGUUACAUAUUCUUUCACUUGUAUGUACAGAGAGGUUUUCCUGAAUAUUUAUUUUAAGGGUUAAAUCACUUUUGCUUGUGUUUAUUACUGCUUGAAGUUGAGCCUUUUUGAGUAUUUACAAGAAAACAAACUGUACUCUCCCAAGGAAAAUAUUGCCAUCAUUUGUAGACCAUGUAACCUUCAAGUAUGUGCUAUAUUUUUGUCCCUGUAUCUAAUCAAAUCAAAAACUGUACUUUUUGAAGAGUUUGCUUUUGAAACUUGAAGUCUUGAAAAACAGUGUGAUGCAAUUACUGCUGUUCUAGCCCCCAAAGAGUUUCUGUGCAAAAUCUUAAGAAUCAAUAAAGAUGGAAGGGAGAACUUGGAAUGUUAAAUUGCAGCCUUGAGAACUUUACUUUAGUCACAGCACAACAAUUAAAAUUCAUUUCACUAUAUGUUGUCUUCACAUGUCUUGUAAUAAACUGUGUUUUUAAUUAGGAAACGUUUCUUAGCAUAUGAAAGGGUAGAAAUUUUAGUUAAUUUUUUAAAAAAAGAAGUUUACUGGGGAAAGUGCAUUUUCAACUGAACAGCUUUAGAGUAGCGAGUGAAGUGUCUGGAAAAAAAGAUAGGAAGUUUUUGCUAUAUUAUAAACAAAGCAUGUGGAAGUGCACUUAAAAUGAAGUUUUAUUCUUAAUUGCCUAUUAUGUUGACAUUUUAAAUAGACAAUCCAAAGUCUUCCCUACAUGUUAUGUCAUCAUCAUUUAUUUAAUGAAUAUUUUUUCCUACCUAUCAAGGCACAUGAUCAGUGUUGCACCAUAAUCUAAAGGGAUGGCUACUGUAUUUUAAUCUCAUCUAACAAUAAGCAAAUUGAACAAUAUUAAACGUGAGGCCUACUUCAUGUUGUACACUUCCAGCCAUUAAAUAAACUGUUAGAAAGUAAGUACUAAGGUUAUGUUCAUCUAUUACAUAAAGUAUUCAGUAGGUUUUUAAUUUAACUCUACAAAUCAUAUCAGAAAUAAAUCCUUUACCUUUCGUAGUCUGUGUUUAAUGUUAAUUUCUCCUGUUGCAAUAUAUGAUGAAGGGAUUAUGCAUUUGUAAUUGCAGAUGUAACUGGCAUAUCUCUUUUCCAAUACAAGCUGCAGCGGGUGUGCAGAGCUGAGCUUGUGCCUUGACAAUUGCUAUAACUACCGAUCAAACCCGUGACUGUGUGGAAUUGGCAUUAAAAGGCUUAGUUUUGAAAUCAUUGGAAAAAGAAAAGAUGUCUUUCAGGACUAUUUUAAUAAAUUCUUUCUAGUAAUAGAAACAGACAACUGUUAUGUAACUAUGAUGCUGAAUAAAACAAUGACCUUUUUUCACCAUG